GAGGCGGGAGCGCCCGCCCGGGGUUGGGUGACGCCCCCGGCUCGCUAACGCGGCGGCGGCUUUGCUAAUGACCUGUCCUUUCCUCUCCUCCCCUCCCUUGCCAUUCGCUAUUACUUAUCUCUCCGGCGCCGCGGUGUGAAGCCCUCGGCCGAGCGGCGGCGGACAGCAGCAGCAGGAGGUAGCCGGCCCGGGGAGAUGCUGUAGCGGCUCCCGCUGCUCGCUCGGAGCGGAGCCCUGGCCCGGCUGCGGGAACGGGGCCGAGGGGCUGCGGGACGGGCAGAGCCGGCCCGGCGCAGAAUGUCAGCAGCUUUUUAUUGAUGAAGAACUGCUUGUUAUCACCAAUCUACACAUGAAAUGGAAGGGGAAAAGAUUCUGGAAAACAACUUCUGUUUCAGCCUUGCAAGAUGCUGCUUGAAGGGGAAAUGAUUGAUAUAACAAAUCACCGAGCAAACCACUGAACAUGAAUGUUCAGAAGUAUAAAGAGGUUUAAGUGACUGCUCUACUUGAUCAAAAUGGUGGACACUGAAAACCAGCUCUAUCCCCUCACUCCCUUGGAGGAGGAGGAUAUAGACAGCCCUUUAUCUGGAGAGUUCCUACAAGAUAUGGAGAGCAUUCAAGACCUGUCCCAGUCCCUAGGUGAUGAUAGUUCUGGAGCUUUAAGUUUAACAGAAUUCCAGUCACUGGGAAAUGGUCCAGGAUCUGAUGGAUCUGUUAUAACAGACACCCUUUCACCAGCAUCCAGUCCUUCAUCCAUUAAUUUUGCCACAGCUCCAGGUAGCAUAGAUGAAUCAUCCAGUGGAGCACUAAACAUUGAAUGUAGAAUUUGUGGGGAUAAAGCCUCAGGCUACCAUUAUGGAGUACAUGCUUGUGAAGGUUGUAAGGGCUUUUUUAGAAGAACGAUUCGUUUAAAACUCAUCUAUGAUAAAUGUGAUCGCAACUGCAAAAUUCAGAAAAAAAAUCGUAACAAGUGCCAAUAUUGUCGUUUUCAAAAGUGCCUUUCAGUUGGAAUGUCACAUAAUGCAAUACGUUUUGGACGAAUGCCGAGGUCUGAGAAGGCCAAGCUCAAAGCAGAAAUUCUGACAGGUGAAAAUUAUGUAGAAGAUUCAGAAAUGGCAGAUCUCAAAUCACUUGCCAAAAGAAUUCAUGAUGCCUACCUGAAAAACUUCAAUAUGAACAAGGUUAAAGCUAGGAUCAUCCUUGCAGGGAAAACCAAUAACAAUCCACCAUUUGUUAUACAUGAUAUGGAUACCUUAUGUAUGGCAGAGAAGACCCUGGUGGCAAAGCUGGUGGCCAAUGGGAUUCAGAACAAGGAAGCAGAGGUUCGAAUCUUCCACUGCUGCCAGUGCACGUCUGUGGAGACUGUCACAGAGCUCACAGAAUUUGCCAAAUCCAUCCCUGGCUUCUCCAGCCUGGACCUGAAUGAUCAGGUGACACUGCUGAAGUAUGGGGUGUAUGAAGCCAUAUUUGCCAUGUUGGCCUCUGUGAUGAACAAGGACGGGAUGCUGGUGGCUUAUGGGAAUGGAUUUAUAACCCGGGAGUUCCUGAAAAGCCUGAGAAAGCCAUUCUGUGAUAUAAUGGAGCCAAAAUUUGAUUUUGCAAUGAAAUUCAAUGCACUGGAUUUGGAUGAUAGCGAUAUUUCCCUUUUUGUUGCUGCCAUUAUUUGCUGUGGAGAUCGUCCUGGUCUUGUAAAUGUAGGACACAUUGAAAAAAUGCAGGAGAGCAUUGUGCAUGUACUGAAACUUCACUUGCAAAACAACCAUCCUGAUGACACCUUCCUCUUCCCAAAACUUCUCCAAAAAAUGGCUGACCUCCGACAGCUGGUCACAGAGCAUGCUCAGCUUGUUCAGAUAAUCAAGAAGACUGAAUCUGAUGCACAUUUACACCCUUUACUACAGGAAAUCUACAGGGAUAUGUAUUAAGGACUUUUAGUAUUUUUUUCCACAAUAUUUAAAGACAGAGAAAUACAGAUGGGAGCAAAACUACUUGUACAGUUAUGGGCUGUUCACUCAGCCCAGAGCAGGAAAAAUCUAAAACUGGGGAACUGGAGUGUUACACUUCUUUUGGUUUGGGAUCUUUUGUCUUCUUUUGAAAAAGUGCUGCAGAAAAAUACUGGUCAGAGUGCUCAAUGAAGUGUCUUACAAUGGUUCUUUUAUUUGGAAAUUUGAAGAUUGGUAAGGAAUACAUAUUUGUAUAAUAAAUCAGAAUGUUAAGUAACAGAAAUGAACAAAA